AUGGCACCCCGCGCAACGCAAAUUGCUAGUCGCCGGUUCGGGUUCGCCUGCCUGUCAGCUGCCUCCUUCUCGAUCCUCGUCGGUGGUGGUGGUAUCAUGGGGUCGCCUGACCAACAGCAUCAGUGUCCCCACUGUUCAUCUAGCUUCGCACAGUUAGCUGGUCUAAAAUAUCACAUCAAUACUCACACCGGCGAGAAGCCAUACAAGUGUAAAGUAUGUGACAAAGCGUUCAGGACAUCAGGCAAUCUGGCACAACAUUCGAAAAUUCACAAUAAGGACCAACAGUAUCGGUGUCCCCACUUACACUCGAAAAUUCACAAUAAGGACCAACAGCAUCAGUGUCCUUAUUGUGCAUCAACGUUCACACAGUCAUCUAAUCUAAAGAUUCAUAUCCGCACUCAUACCGGCGAAAGGCCAUACAAGUGUAAAGUAUGUGACAAAGCGUUCAGUUCAUCAGGCAAUCUGGCAGUACACUCGAAAAUUCACAAUAAGGACAAACAGUAUCAGUGUCCGCAUUGGCACCAUCCGUACCUGGCCGAACCGAUUGAGGGGCGCGAGUCCUAA